CUGCGGCCUAAUAAGUGCAAUCGUAUUGGGGUUCUUAAGCUACUUCAAACAUUCAGAAGUAAUGUGGUUUGGGCGUCAAUAAACUAGGCGGAGCGUUCUGUCAUAACCCCUUCCGAGGGUUUUUCCGACACCGUUCUGACCCAAGCUGAGCGACAAAGGGGCUGAGCCUGCUCAAAGAACACACACUGUCUAAUCAUAAGCUCCCUCCUACCCACUGUUCAUCCCUCUAUUUAACCAACUUACAUUCAUAGAUUCAGCUUAUUUCUUAUCACUCUUCUAUGUAUUCAAUUAUUCGUUUACGUACGUCAUCUAAGAACCACUUGUCAAGAAACAUGUCUUCUCUCGCCCCUGGACAUAUUCUUCGAGGUACUCAUUGGAGUUAUCAAAUUUCGCAACCUCUAAGAGGCGAUAGAACACAGACAUCGUCCAUCUUCAAAGCCGAAGUCAUUCAAGCCUGUAAUGACAACAGUUCUACGACACCUAGAUGGGCUUCUAUCAAAGUUGCUUCGCCUAGUGAUCCAAUCUCUGUGCAAAACUUAGCCCGUGAAUAUCAGGUCUACUGUCUUCCCGCUAUUGCAUCUGCCAAGUGUUUUAGGACGUUUUACGACUUGAUCGACAACAAAACUAUUGCUUUAGAAUGGCUGGACACUACUCUUGCAGAAGUGGAAUACCAACCUACGACAUAUAUUUAUUCACUCAUCUCAGAGGUUUUGAGAGCACUGCUACAGAGCUGUGUCAUUUUAGAAGCUCUUGGCUUCGUCAAUACAGACUACAAACCCGCCAAUGUCCUGCUUUCCAGGACGAAGACGAAUGAUCCUACCGCCAAAGUAGGAGACUUAGGACUUGCAGUGUUCCCAGCGGGCAGCAGGUUUAAUUGCCAGCCGUAUGCUAUGCGCGCUCCUGAAAUCUUCCUAGGUCAAGCUUGCACGGGACCCUCGCAGGUCUGGGCUAUUGCCGCGAUGCUACUUUCCUGGAUCAGACCUGGUAUCUUGGGCGCGUGGGAUAGCCCUUCUAAAUUCAUAGACGACGCUUGGUCUAUGGCGAAGAUUAAGCGGCUCUUUCCGCACUGGAUUAUUCCAACUCCAGACGAAGUCGACGAUUGUGUGCUUAAAGCGGUCGUUGAGGGUGCUAUAUCUUGCAGCAGAGACGUGCCAGAUCUACAAGCUAUCUUGCCCUUUGAGGAAGAAACAGAGAAGGUGGAGAUGCCGCAACAAUUAAGGGAUCUCCUCCGUCUUAUGUUAGUUGUUAGUCCUUUUGAGAGACCUUCUGCAGCGUUUGUACUCUCUUCAAAGGAGUUUGGUUCAUUUGAAAAGAUUACAAAAGAGGGCAGUAUUGUAUCUUGA